AUGUUUAGUCGGUUGAAGUCAUGGAUUACGUGGUCAUGGACCUAUCUUUGGGCGGUUUGGUUCUUGCUGGUGAUUGCACUCGUUUACAUAUUACGCGUUCCGUUGAAAAUCAGCGAUAGUCUGGAAAAUGCGUCUCUGUUUUUGAACACGCUUACACCGAAGUUCUAUGUCGCCUUGACAGGCACCUCGAGCCUCGUAUCUGGACUGAUUUUGAUUUUCGAAUGGUGGUACUUCAGGAAGUACGGUGCUUCCUUUAUUGAGUCUAUGUCGUUGAGCCCAUUAAGCUGGUUUGGAUACGGCAGUCAGAAUGUACUUCAAGACAACGCUGCUUCAGACGCGGAAGAAAGUAACGGCAGUUCGGCUUCGUCCAGCGAACCCUAUGUUCCAGACGAAAUCUCAAGCUUUCCGUUUAAAAAUGCCCUCAUUUGCGUGGGCGUCAUUUGGAAAGCAUAUGAAGACUUGGACGAACAGUGCAACAUCGUCGGCGUAAGCUCGGAUGACGAAUGA